AUGGGAAAGGAUAGGACGCGUAAGGGAAGCAAUGCCAGUAACGUAGCAGCGCAACUUUCAGAAGUGGAUGCAGCAGCUGAGCAGCGGCUGACCAGGUGCCAUGCCCUGGCGGUGGACGAAGUGGCCGACCUCCUCGAGACGUCGCCCGUCAGUGGACUGAGCCCAGCCGAGGCAGCACGGCGCCUGGACGUCUACGGUCCCAACCAGCUGCGCAAGUCGGAGGGCGUCAAGUUCUACAUGCUCGUCGUGCGCCACCUGUUCAACUUCAUGUCGUUUGUGCUCUUUGCGGCCUUCGUCAUGGCCUGUGUGACGCAGCAGUGGAUCGACGCUGGUGUUGUGGCCUUCCUCAUCUUCAUCAACACCAUCAUCGGCGUGUCGCAAGAGUACAAGUCGGAGAAGACGAUGGAGGCGCUGAAGAAGAUGGCGUCGCCCACGUCGUUGGUCAUUCGCGGCCGGGCCGACAACGCCGUCGAGAUCUCGUCGAGCGAGAUCGUGCCGGGCGACCUGGUCCUCCUCAGCCAGGGCGACCGCAUUCCCGCCGAUCUGAGACUGGUAGAAGUGGUGGAGCUCGAGUGCGACGAGGCGCUGCUGACGGGCGAGAGCAUUCCUGUGGAGAAGACCAUCGCCGCGCUGGUGCCCAAGGACAUCGAGAGCUCGGCCAAGACCGGCCAGACCAACGACGACGACACCUACAAGCCGGAAGCGCCCGACGUGCCGCUCGGCGACCGCACCAACGUCGCCUUCAUGAGCAGCACCGUAUCCAAGGUCUGUUCGCUUGUCUACGCCGGACGCGGCAAGGGCAUUGUGGUGCACACGGGCCAGCGUACAGAGUUGGGGAAGAUCGCUGACUCGAUCGCCUCUCAGUCCAAGGACAAGACCAAGCUCGAGAAACGCAUGAACUGGCUGGGCAUCACCCUGGCCAUCGUGGCCUUGAUCGCCGUUGGAUGUGUGCUCAUGGGCCUCUGGGGCUGGGAAACUCUCGACACCUACCCUGAUGGCCUCCAGGUGGCGGUGGCAACCGCGGUGGCCAUCAUCCCCGAGGCCCUCCUCCCGGUCAUUACCCUCUGCUUGACCCUCGGUGUGCGGAGGAUGGCGCUGAAGAAGGCGCUGGUGCGCAAGUUGGGCUCGCUGGAGCAGCUCGGCAAUGUGUCGGACAUCUGCUCGGACAAGACAGGCACCCUCACCCAGGGCAAGAUGGUGGCCACCGACAUGUGGCUACCCGCCCACACCUCCCAUUACUUUUCCAUCACGGGCAAGGGAUUCGACCCCACGGAGGGAUACAUCGUCCGCAAGGACCGCAGGUUCGAGGACGAAGACGAACUGGACGAGUCGCCUGACCUCGACGAGACCGGCGACAAGGCGAGUACUCACGAACGUUCGCCGAGCGUAGAUGACGUCGAGAUGCAGCAGAUCACCGCAUAUGAUGGUGGUCGGCCCGUGCUGGAGUUCGACCAAUCGAUUCGCAUGGCGCUGCUGGUGUCGGCGCUCUGCAAUAACUCUGGCAUUACGCAGAAGGAACACGACAAGGACGACGAGUCUGCCGAAUCAAGCGAACGCAAGAAGCGCAGAAAGUGGCUGUGUUGGAACCGCGAGACGAAGGAGAACGAAGAGGAGGCGGGCAUGCUCACUCACGAAGAGAAUGUGGAGUGGGUGCCUGUGGGCUCGCCCACCGAAGUUGCGCUCUACGUCAUGGCCCGGAAGCUCGGAGUGGAGCGUAGCAACGAGGAGAUGACCAGUGUGUGGGAGAAGACGGCCGAGUAUCCGUUCGACUCCACUAUCAAGCUCAUGAGCGUUGCCCUCUUCAACAAGGAGGAGGAGGAGAACUAUCUCUUCUCCAAGGGCGCACCAGAGCGGCUGCUGCCCAAGUGCACUCGCAUCCUUACGGCCGACGGGGAAGUCGAAUUUGACGAUGAGCGCGAGGACGAGAUCAAGGAGAUGAACGAGCUGAUGGCUGACGACGGCUUGCGUGUGCUGGCCUUGGCCUAUAAUCGCCUCCCCGACACUUUCGCGCCAGGUGUGAAGAGGGACAAGGUGGAGGAAGAUCUGGUGUUCGUGGGCCUGGUGGGCAUCAAAGAUCCGCCGCGAGACGGCGUCAUUGAGUCCAUCGAGAUUUGCGAGCGGGCCGGCAUCGCGGUGGCGACUGAUGCUGUAAUGACCUCCACGCAGUUCGACCAACUGACCAUGGACGAGUUGGUACAGGCCUUCGGCCCUUACACACAUGUGAGUAUUCGCUACCCGGAGAGCAAGGUCAAGAUGGUGCAGGCCCUGCACGACCGCAACAAGAUCGUGGCCAUGACAGGAGACGGGGUGAACGAUUCGCCCGCAAUCUCGGCGGCCGAUGUGGGCAUCUCAAUGGGCAUCAGCGGUAGCGAUGUGACCAAGGAGGCUUCGGACAUUAUCCUCACCGACGACGACUUCUCCACGGAUGGGCCACUGACGAUCGUACCUAGGGCGAUCGAAGAGGGAAGGCGCAUCUUCGCCAACAUCAGGCGCUUCAUUGUGCACCUCAUGGCGGGCAACGUGGCCGAGGGCAUCAUCCUCGUGCUGGGCAUCUGCGUGGGCCUCGAUCCUCCGCUCAACCCGCUUCAGAUCCUGUGGAUUAACCUGAUCACUGGCACGCCCCCGGCCAUGGUGCUGAGUGUGCAACCGGCGUCGAGGGAUCUGAUGAACAAGAAGUCGCGGCCCGUCGAUGAAGGCCUCUUCACCAAGGGAACCUUGAUGGACAUCAUGUUCUACGGAGUGCUCAUGGGCGCGCUCUCGCUGGGCAGCUUCGUGUGCAUGGUCUACGCGUUCGAUGCCGACCUCAAGGAGGCCCAGGCCACCACCUACAUCACCCUCACCAUGCUCCUGCUCGCCCACGCCUACAACUGCAGGCGCCUGCGCCGCUCCAUGUUCGGCAAGCAGGUGUGGAAGGCCUACGGCUUCCACCUCUCCUUCCUCUUCGGCAUCGGGUCGGUGUGCUUCACGCUCUACGUACCGAAGGUGAAUGAUCUCAUCUUCCACUCGGUGGCGCCUGGACGGUGGGCGUGGGUGCUGGGCAUCGGGUCGGCGGUGGCCUUCGUCGUCCUCUCCGAGCUCUACAAGCUCAUCGUGCACCGGCUGCUGCACCACCUCCUGUGGCUUAUGCGCGGCGGCGAGGCCUACGAGGCCAGGCGCCAGGCCAAGAAGGCUGCCCGCCGGAGGCAGAGGCAGCGGGGACUACGCCGGUUCGCCCUGAAGAAGAAGAGGAGGCGGGAGCGCAGGAAGAACGGCACCAAGGACGCCGAUGACAAGAAGAAGGGAAAGAACCAGAAGCGGGAGAAGAAGAGCGAUCUCAAGUCCGAGGGCCUCGAUGAAGACAUCCGCACCGCGGCCGACGUCUUCUGA